AUGAGUCACGCCAUUUUCUGUUCAGUCUGUGAUGUCAACGUUGAGUUCUAUCCUUUCGAUCAGCAGGCUUGCCAGAUGAAGUUCUCUUCCUGGACGUACGACGUCACAAACAUCGUCGUGUCGGAAGCGAUGGUUGACAUCGGCCACUUCAACGAAAACCCAGAAUUCUUUCUGGAAGAUUUCUACGUGACCAAGACGGAGGAAUUCAACGACUGCUGCCCUCUGCCGUUCUCAACCUUGAAGUACGUGGUACAGCUGCAGCGACAGAGCAAGUUUGCGCUUUUCUUCUACGUUGUGCCAGGCAUUCUCAUCAACAUUUGCGCGUUGCUGGUGUUCCUACUCCCGGUCGAGUCAGGCGAGAAAGUUGGCUUGGGCGUCAACUCGAUGUUGGCCAUGAUUGUCUUCCUUAUCGCCAUGACCGAGAACCUGCCACCAACUGAGAAGCUGCCGCUCGCUGGUGUGUACUACGGAGUGUGUCUGUCGCUGGUAGCCAUCAACAUCGCCUUCUCCGUGUACGUCCUGAACCUGAACUACACGGGCCUGCGGGGUUUUGUUGUCCCGAGGCCGAUGAGGCGAGACGCAGCGAUUGUCUCGACUAAAGUCGAGAUUCUGAGCAACUCCGACAACCCCGACCUACCCGACCACAUCAGGGAACUUUUCCCAGACUUCGUCCCCGCUGCCAACCAACCGCCCCCACUAAAAGACGCCUACGAGCGCCGCGCGUGUAGCGCCGUAGAGAAGCUCGCAGCUUUAUUCGAGAAGCAGGACAGCGCCAGCGUCAAGGCACAGAGGCAGUCGGUCAUCCAAGAUGAAUGGAAAUUUGUAUCCAGAACUCUGGACAGGUUGCUGGUGAUCGUGUUCGCUGUAAUAGCCCUGAUUUUUAACGUGUACCUUCUCGCAGCUUCGCCAUUUGGGUACAAGUUUGAGUUCUGUCCGUUGCUGGGAGGCUGCGAUGACAUGACCGAACAUCAAGUGAGGGAUCUCAUUAAGAGGAUUGCUGAACACACGGCAACGGGACUCCUUCCUUCAGGAGUAAUGUCUACUGGUCAUUAA